GAGCGCACGGUGGAUGCUCUCACGCUGGAGUGCAGCGCUGCACGGAGGACAGGAGGGAAACGCACUGAGCAGCGGGACAGUGUGGGCUGCCUUUUCUUUUCUAAGAACAACUUGGGAAUUUUCGGUGCAACUUGUGAGGGCGGAGGACAAUUUGUCGGGCCAGCAUGGCAUCUCUGAUGAACUCUGCCUGCCUCCUCUUCUUGCCUGUUGCUCUGCUAAUGAUGCUGAGCCCGAGCCCUGUUGCUGCAGCGUCAGCCAGAAGGUGUCACUCCAUCUACAAGGGUUUUGCUCAGUGUCUGAUGGCUCUAGGCGAUAGUCUGACGGACAGCGCCCACAAGGACGAAGACACACACGAGAUACACUCCAUCUGCAGGUCAUGGGAUGAGUUCCAUGACUGUGCCAACGUGGCGAUGGCCGGCUGUCCGGAGGAAGCUGCAGCUGUCUGGGAAUCUCUCCGCCAGGAAUCCAAGAAGAUGCAGUUUUCCGGAAACCUGUACGAUAUGUGCUCCAACCGCAACAACCACCCAAUAGCCUCAGUCUCUCCGCACGGCUCACCCAACCAGGAGGACAUCAACCAGGAGUCUCUAAGAGGGGGCGCUAAUCAUCUGGCAGCCUGCCUCCACCUCCUCAUGCUACUUUCUCCUCUGCUGCUGUUGUUUUGGGUAUAACUACCCCAAAGAAAUGGGACUAGUGUGAAUAGAUAUAAACUCUGUGUAUUUUUUCUUUGACAAGUCCAUAGACUUUCCACCGUUUUUUUUCCUCUGCCCUGCCAGAGGUUGAAUAUUUCUUACUGCAUGUUGAGAUGCCUGGCAGUCUUUUUGAUAAUGUAUCUGUAAACUGCCUGUGCCGUUUCAUGCAUAUUCUCUGCCUUUUAAUUAGUCUCUCUGUUAGAAAGGCGCACAAAAUUCAUGCAGAGAUACUCAACCACGGUACAAACAGGCCUGCAAACACAUACAUACUUAAAGCGAUGCAUACAGCAGCCUCAUGUCAUCUGUCUUGUAUAUGAAGGUUCCAUGGGGAGUCUGUCUUCCUGAGUGUGAGACGAUAAAAAUAAUAACGGCCUAUUUGCCAAACCUGAAAACAAAGUGAUGAAGAGGCCAGGUCCGACAACUAGCUAAACUAAUUAAUUUGUCCACUUUACUGUAUGAUGAAUUUGAUAAUUAUGUAAAUCUAACAUACCCGGCUUUACCUACCUCGCAGUUUGACUCAGUGGAUGUGAGGCGCUGUGAUAAGUCUCCAUUUUCCUCUUUCCCUCCUGGUCCCUGAACGCUGUGAAGCCCCCGUUUCUGUGACCAACAACAAUGACAAGCUAAAAGCAUGAAUACCAAUUAUACAAACAUUUGUACUGUACAGGAAGGUAGGCCUGUUCAUUUGUGGUUUGCUUUAAAGAUGUUUGAGGAAAAUGUUCCUAAAAUUUGAUAGCAAAAGAAAACCAAAGCAAGAUGUUCCUAAAAAACACCUGUGCCCAAUCCACAGUAAGCACAAUUAAAGAAAUAAAACAGUCAAAUAAAAAUAAAUUUUCAAAGGUCUUA